UUACUCAAGCCAUUAUCUCAUGAGGUAGUAGAAGCGCCAGCAGCAGGAGAUUUUGUUACAUGUGACUCUCACCAUUCACAUCCGCCACCCACCAAACACCACUAGCUCCCCCGUAUAUCUUCCUUUUUCUAACCCUGAAAAAAAACCCAUUUUUCCAUCCAUAAAAACAUGAUCUGGGCCGGUCUUAUUUUUUAGAGAAAUUCACUCUUGCGCAUUUGUUUUGUUACAUAAAGAAACAGGCACCGAUGAGGUCUGAUGAGCUAGGUUAUGAUCCAAGCCCAACCCCAAAACUCUCCUUGUUUUCACUUCCAGGCAGGCUACAUGAGUCACCGGCAAGGAUGCUAACAUCACCAAUCCAUCCAUUAGCUUCAGUACCAUUCAAGUGGGAGGAUGCGCCGGGCAAGCCUAGACCGUCUUGGAUGCCACAAUCUGAUAAGCCCAAGAUUGAUAGGUGCUUGGAGUUGCCGCGAAGGCUGUUAACUAAGGCCCAAGAGAGCACCAUGCCCUCUCCAGCAACUGUCUUGGAUGGACCUUACGUGCCUCGGUCCUUGUCUCUUGUAAAAGGAAGUUCAUUCAGUAGCUUAAAGAAUAUGGGCACGAAGGUGAAGACCAAAGGCAAGACUAUAUUUGGGUCUAGCAGGUGGGGAGGUUUCAAUAAGAAUAAUAAACAAGCUGUUGAUCCUAGCCAUGGAGGUAAAACAAAAGUUAAGGUCACAAGAAGUACAAGGAGACCAAGCUUCAUAGGGUGUUCUCACAAUUCGUGGGUAAGUACCAAACUAAAAUUUCGAAGAUGACUCGUAAUUCUGAACUCAUCUAGAUAUGGACAUUUAAUGGAUGUUGCUGAAUAUGGUCAUGCACAGACAUUAUGAAUACCAUAGAAAUAUGCAGAAGGCCAUUCAAUAAGGAUUAUGAUCUU